GCCACUGUGUGUAGGUGGUUGGUUGGAUUAAUUGAGCUGUGCAUCGCCUACAUUAUAUAUAAUCAGCUCUUCCUUACUCAUACAUCUUGGAUUCUGCAUCUUCUCAUCGACAUCGAUUGUGUGCUCAGUGUCAGAUCCCACCCCGAGGACCCGCCUCGUUCAUUCAAUUGGUCUGUCACAAACCUGUUCCAUGCAAUUCUCCGUCUGUCACUCAACACCACACUAUCUCCUCCUCUUUGCUCGGCAUCAGACUGGUGUGUGUGCCGACCUUGUUUCAGGCGACGAGCUACCCGAAAAGCCAGCUGUUUGCAAGCGUUUACAUUUCUGGGCAAAAGCCGCCGGUCCGGCACGCAUUUUAUGCCUUUUUUUGGGCAGCGCUAGUAGCUUUAAAUUUUCCCGUCAAAAUGAGCCAGGAUGUAAUGGGGUGCAACCUUGCUAUCGUUAGCUAGGCGGACAAAUUCCUUCAACCAGCUCGCUGCUUCAAUCACUGCGGGUUGAUACAACAUUAGCCGAGGCGUUGUUAAGUGAGCUAGCGGGCUCUCGAGGCAGUAAGUUGGCUAACGCUAGCUAAUGUAGUUACUGAGCAAACGGACGCAUCGCUGCGGCGUGGAUAAUAACGGUUACCACUCUACUGUUAGCUUACUAGCUACCACUACUACUCUUACUAGCGUUAACCAGGUAGCUAGCGCUGGAGAUACUGCACAGAUAUCAACUGGUACGGGGUUGGAUGUCGCGACACUGCAGUUUUGAACCCCUUUUGGUGGAUUGUGAAGAUAGAAUUGGACCAAAGUGACAGACAGUUGGAACAUUAAGUAACAGAGGGGGGUUUAUUGUAUCAACCAGGUAUUUAGAAGUGGCUUUUCUGUUGCAGUAAUUUUAACAUUUGCUGUAUCAAGGCAGCGCAUCUCGGGGAGGCCCCACAAUCUCCUGGCUCCCUAUUCUCCCGUGAUUUGCCGAGAACACCCGGGUGAAGUCGCAGUUAUUCUCGGCUGGGGGGACAACUUGACAGCGAGGCCCCUAGCUAGUCUCCCCUCCCCCUAUCCCGUCCAUCCAUCCAUCCGCCCGUCAAGCUCGGCAGUCAGACCACCUCCUCCUCCUCGCCUGAAACCGAAGCGAGGACCGGGGAUUUGGGGUUAAGCUGAAACAGUGGGCAAGCGUCGCCGGCCGGGUCCCGUGUAAACCGGGCUGAUCAAAAAGCAGAGGGGAUGACUCUGGAGUCCAUGAUGGCUUGCUGCCUGAGCGAAGAGGCGAAGGAGUCGAAACGAAUCAAUGCAGAAAUUGACAAACAACUCCGUCGAGACAAGAGAGACUCCAGGAGAGAGCUGAAAUUACUUCUUCUCGGUACGGGAGAAAGUGGCAAGAGCACCUUCAUCAAGCAGAUGAGGAUCAUUCACGGAGCGGGAUACUCAGACGAAGAUAAGAGAGGCUUCAUCCGGCUUGUUUACCAAAACAUCUUCACCUCCAUGCAGUCCAUGAUCCGCGCCACUGAGACCCUCAAGAUCCCAUACAAAUUUGAGCAGAACCGGUCUAAUGCCAUGCUCGUUAAGGAGGUGGACAUUGAGAAGAUCAAUGGCUUCGACCAACCCUACAUCGUAGCUAUUAAAAGCCUGUGGGCCGACCCCGGGAUCCAGGAGGCCUACGACCGCCGCAGAGAGUACCAACUCUCUGACUCCACUAAAUAUUAUCUUUCCGAUCUGGAUCGUAUUGCAGAUUCCAGCUAUCUUCCCACUCAGCAGGAUGUGCUCAGGGUGCGCAUCCCCACCACAGGAAUCAUAGAGUAUCCAUUCGACUUGCAAAGCAUCAUUUUCAGAAUGGUGGAUGUUGGAGGUCAGAGGUCAGAAAGGAGGAAGUGGAUUCACUGCUUUGAGAAUGUCACCUCCAUCAUGUUCCUGGUGGCGCUGAGCGAGUACGACCAGGUCCUGGUGGAGUCCGAUAACGAGAACCGUAUGGAGGAGAGUAAAGCUCUGUUCAGGACUAUCAUCACCUACCCCUGGUUCCAGAACUCCUCUGUCAUCCUCUUCCUGAACAAGAAGGACCUGCUAGAGGAGAAGAUCUCCUACUCUCACCUGGUGGACUACUUCCCAGAGUUUGAUGGUCCUCAGAGAGAUGCACAGGCGGCGCGGGAGUUCAUCCUCAAGAUGUUUGUGGACUUAAACCCCGACAGCGACAAGAUCAUCUACUCUCACUUCACUUGUGCCACGGACACUGAGAACAUCCGCUUUGUGUUUGCAGCUGUCAAAGACACCAUCCUACAGCUCAACCUCAAAGAGUACAAUCUGGUGUGAGGGCUCUCGUACGACGCACGUAUCCUCCCCAUUGCACAAACGCUCACCUCCUCUGGGAGUGUGUGCUCAAAUCCACACGCAUUACACAGCACACCAUGCCAGCUCACACACACAAACACACACAUACACAUACCAACAGAACCCUUCCUUUUUACCCCCCUCCCCUUUCAAUACAAUACAAUACAUUCACAAAUCCUCCCACCUGCAAACGCCGCCCCUCCACUUUCACCAAAGCUCGCCCUCUUCCUCCUUCGCUCGGCAGCUUGUUGUGUCAGAGUCCUCGCUCCUCCCUAAGCUGCUCCGUGUGUCCGAUUUGGCUCCGGCUGCUGCUGGCUCUGGCACAUUUCAUCUGGCACACAAACCUUUCACACGGGCUGUAUGGUGACAUAAAGGGACUUUGGUGUUUGUGUGUAUGUGUGUGUGUGGUGCGUGUGUACGUGUGUGUUUGGGGCAGCAUUGACUGGCGAGGAGCUGUGUUUUGGUGACUAGCGGCACCAAACCCUUGUGGCCCUCUGGAGUUCGACCCUCAGCGGUGUGAGAUCAGAUCCUCCGUCUUGUCCUUGUUGAUCUCCCGUCUGUGUGGAAGGAUGUGGAAUUUGUACCUCCUGAAGCCAACUGUGGACCAGCGAGUGGCAUCACGCUUUUAAGGACUGAGUGACAGGAAGUGAGGUUGCACGCCGGACGCAAGGGGGGCGGGCUGAGGAUUCUGUCUCUACCUUGCAUCUAUGAAUGUACCCACCAGUGUGAGCAUCGCAAUCGCAAAAAAAUAGAAAUAUAUAUUAUGAAGUAUCUGCAUAUGUAAACACACUUAAGACAAAAAGCACGAGAGGGCAAGACAUAGCUAAUCAAAAUCUGUUAAUUGCUGAGAUUUUUUAAAUGUUUUUAACGAUAGAAAUUUGUUGCUACGUCUACUUCUAUUUAACGAAAUAAUGGGUAAAAGGAAUGGUGAUAAGAAGUGGUGAGAAAUCUAUAAAAACUUUUAAACUUUGCAAAACAAAGGCGUCUGAAAAGAAGAAAAUUUACUUGACCUAAGUAUCCUUUAAAGGUUUUUUGUGGGAUUUUUUGUGUUUUAUGUUUAAGUUUAUCACAUGGCUUCCCUCCUCCACAUGUUGUCUGUAUGGAUUCACAGGGACAGCAUCUGGCUCCACCAACACACCCCACCUCUUCUAAAUAGCAGGUGAGAGGAGGACCAGCUUUUUAAAGCAGGCUCUGCUCCGAUUGGUGGAAGCAGAUGUGGAGGGGAGUGUGAUGUCAUCACUGUUGAACAGCACCGCAGAGCACAUCUGCAGCUCGGGCUGCAAGUAGCUUAUUCAACGAAAUAAAAGCUGUAAAUUAAACCCACCCACACAUCCUGAGAUGUGAAUGGAAUCCAUGCGGUAACAUCCCUGCUAACGUCACACCUGCGUCACUCAGCCGUCCAAUCAGACACACGUCCUGAUGGUGACAUCACAUCAGGAUGUGCCUCUGUUUACUUUUUUUUAAACUGUAUAGUCACUUUGUUUAUAUAAAGAUUGCUUGCUGUUGAGUGGUGAGAGGGAGGGAUGGGCGGGGCUACGAACCUUUCACAGAAAGCGCACUCUGAAGUCUGCAAAUGUUUGUGUAUAUUUGUUUGUAAAUACAUAUACACAAAACACUCCUGUACAAAAACGCUCUGUGGUACACCAUCUUUGGCAAAAAACAAACAAAAAAAAAUCAACAAAAAAAAAAAAUCAACUUCUUUCAUUAGCAUACAGUUUUUCCUAUGACUUUAUGGUAGUAGUGAUACUGUGAUUAUGGAUUUUGUUCACUUGAUUAAUAGGACUGCACAGAGCUGAGUGGUGUUGAGGAAGCGAUAAGUCAAGGAGCAAUAGUCCGAGAAAAGAGGUUCCUCCAAACUGGCCUCUUGACUCCACACUACUGCAACAGCUCUGGCUCCUGAGUAUACUAACUAGGGCUGGUAAAAAUCUUCACAGUAUGGUGACCAGAUGAUUUUAAGAGUAAUUAAAGAUUUUUUUAUUUAUCUAAUUUAUGGACCAGGUUUGAAGGUGUUGAUAAUUUGACUGCUUUUGAUUCUGUCAUGUUGAAGUGCUCCUUUUCUCAUGGCGGAGCCUACUUGAGUCUGAACUGCUGUAAAAAAAAAACAAAAAAAAAACGAAUGUCUGGUAUAGUAAGGACUUUUAUCUCUGCUUUCUAUUUCUUAUUGAGACAUUUCCAAUUGUACUUUGCCAUCACAUCUCCAUCCAUGAUAAUACUGUUUGGUUUUCUUUAGGAGCCCUCACAUUUGUUUUGUUUGAGUUUUUUUUUUAUUUCAUGAAAAAGAAACUUGUAUUUCCUCUUGGUUUAUAGACGCAGCGCUGUAACGCAUACCUAGAAAAAUGUACAGUACGAACGUAGGUGGACUUUUUUAUCAGUGAUUGAAGACCCACGCGGUCCAUGCUUGCUAUUUGUAAUUUAACACAAAAAUUCUGUUGCCGUUUUUUUGCAUUGUUAAUUUCCAGUUUUUUGAGGCUUGCUUUGAUAGUGCCAGUGAAGUGCAGAUAUACUUUUUUGGUCUUUGACCUUUUCUACAGUGACUUAUCCUUCAUCGUCAUUAAGGGCUAUCACAGUGCAUCAGGCAUCAGACAGUGGGGAGUGGAGUACAGGACCACAGUGAACCAAGUCAUCCACUACUAAUCCUUGUUUAUAAAUGGAGAUUACUUGCAGUAUGUGCUAUAAGAAGUUAUAGGCAGGGUGUUAAUGCAAACAUAAGGCGUGUGUGUGUGUGUGUAGAGAGAGUUUACCAACACUAAGCAGUUUUCUUUCUGUGUUUCUACAAGUAUCUGGCCCUUUGGUGACUUAAAUGUACCCGGUGUUUGACUCUCAGCCCUCCUCAACUUUUUUCGUUGGUAUCACAGUGUUCCCUGUAAUACCUCAUUCAGUAUAAAAACACACACUUCUCACUAAAAUACACCUCUACCAGGACGAGUAUUGCAUGUUUCCCCAAGUAUUUGAAGUCCAGCUGAUAGCCAAGUAAUGACCACACUCAUGGUUUUUCAUGUUUUACCUCAUUAACUACAAAUCCCAUUGUUUUUGGUGGACCAUUGCUCCAGUUCAGAACUGUAUCUGUAGCAGCUAUUGGUUUCCAUUCAUUGGAGUGAAGCUUGAUAAGUAACUUGUUGCAAGUUUGAUCGAUUGUAAAAGAUAAUGCAUAACACAGAGAUUGAGUCUCAGUUUUUGAGACUCUUCUGAUAAAGAAAUUAGUUAAGCUAUGUAAUCAGGGGUUAGUAACUGGCUGAUGUAAAAACACUAAAUUCAAAAGCUGCAUUGUCAUUGUAACAAACUUAGAAGGCAAACAAAUAUAAAGUGGAGGACAAUAAGAAUGUUAUUUUCUGUUGCCGUUUAUUGGCAGCUAAAUCUCUACAGAAUGGGUAGUUAGCAAUCCAGAUGUUAACUACCAAUCCAAUCUAACUUUUUUUAGUUGUUGGGCAAGUUGAGAGAUUCAUUUACAAUAAAAUAAUGAAGCUUGCAAAAAAAAAAAAAACACACCUUUGUUACUUUGAAUCAGUGAUGUCAUACCAGUACCUGAUUUCAAAAUUAGCCUGAUAUCAGCACCAAAUAACUAUCUGUGUCUGGUAUCUGCAACCUUAUUAUCAAGAGGAGUUUUCAGUAGUCUGUGUUUUCAACAGUUUAGCCUCAAGUGGAUUUUAUUUGAUAAAUGGAAACCAAAAGCUGCCAAACAAAUAUAGACUUGAAUAAUAUUUUGAAUACGGUAAAACUAUCAAUGUUAAUGGGGCUAAAAUAUUUACAUUUUUGAGCUGUUGUGGUCCUUAACUGCCAUUCUGUUUGCUAAAAAAAAAAUACUGGCUUUAAAGGAGGAAGCAGACUGCCAACCGUUAGUAGACUGCUGUCCCAAAGAGGACCUGGAUGCUAGUUUUCAAGCAGCACCAGUAUAGAUACCCAAGUAUUACUGAGUAGCGUUGUUACUGUGUGUUGAGUGCAGCUCACUAAGUGGUUACGAGCCAUGUUGUAUUAUUAGACUUGACACUACAUCUCUGGCACAUGGUAAAGGGCUGACUGGCUGUUAGUUUGGGUUUGGUAGUGUGUUAGCAGCCCGGUGUUGCACAGCGUGUUUUAUUUUGACACAUUUAAUCUCAACACUAAUGUAAGAGCCCGAAAGAGGCGAGGCAGUCCUUGUGAAACUUAUUAGCUAGUUUUAGAAAUGACCAGUGAAGAGAGACUGGAUACGUUUUCACUACGACACUCUUAUUUGCACACUUUAUUUCCUUUCCUUGUGACACUAUUUAUCUCAACAGAUAUAUUUGAGCUGGAGAGAGUCGGGCAGACCGUAUGAAACUACUCACUUUUUCCUUCAUGGGCGUUUUUAGUAUCGACUAUAGCAUUGGGAUGGAAUUGGUAUUUCACUACAACACUUAUUUAUUGCCUUUCAAUGCCUUGAAUAGAGAAUGAUGGUGUUGCUGGCCCUUUAAGGUUAUCGAGCUUGCUCUGUGGCCUUUUCAGUGGCCGUAGUUGUGUGAUGUCACUUCCUGUGGGCUUGUUGAUUGAAUAAGUGGAAUCAAACUUAUCUCUCUGUCAUCAGUGGGGAGUUGUUGCAUAUUCAAAACUUAAAUCUUUCCCCCUUUUUUUGUGUUUUCAUUUCCUUUAUGAUCAGAAAACAUUACCAGAACACUGUUUUUUUUCCUUCUUUUUAGGACCACUUGAUUUAUUUUUCCUCACUCCAAUGAAACCUGAAGGUCAAUUGUGUAGUGGUGUAUAAAAUGCUGUUUGUUUUUCUUUUCUUUCUUUUUUAUGUAAACCAAAUGUAAAUUAUGUAUUAUAUUGAGUGUGCCAACCCCACUCUCUCUAGAGCCAGGCUCUCUCUCUUAAGUGCCAACGCUGUGGUCAUCAUCAAAGGACCACCACCCGGGAUGGUCCCCCUCUCCUCCCACUUUUUAAGUAAAACACACCGGAGACUAAAAGGAUAGAUGAUUAAGUACACACAAAGACUUUAUUCUGUAUUUAAGAUUGAAGAUUUAAAAGAUAAUCUGCUGUUUUUUAAGAAACUGUAAUUAUAAUUGCAUGUGCUGUUUAUUUUGUGUUGGCAGUGAGGGCUUUGAUGUUUUCAUUGAAGCAGAGCCCUCGAUGAAGAGGGGUUCAAUCAGUUGGUUAUUAUCGAUUAUUGAUUUACAUAACUCUUUGCCAUAUUUUUUUAUGUGUUUCAUGUAUUUGUUUCAACCACUGUUGCCUGAUCCUCAUUCAAACAUGAACAUGACUUAUGAUCAUUGCCGCCUUCUAAGAGAGAAACAUAAUGACAAGGUAUCUGUUUUAAAUUGAAAUAAAUUUGUUCCUAUACUUGCUCA